UUGGGAGUCGGGGAAGGAGGAGGGGUUUGGGCGGGUGUCACUCCACCCCUUUGACGGAUACAGACCGGCCUUAGGACCCGGCGCAGCACGGCGUGAAGCUUGGAAGCGGGCUAGGGGAGGCCGUCGCUCAUAUCUGACGUCACCAGCUCGCGCCGGCGGUAGGUGAGGACGCCAACAGCAGCCGAGAAACGUUUCUCUUUCCUCUCAGCUUGCGCACACGAUGGCGGCCCCCGCCCAGUCGACUACGCAGCCUGGCGGCGGGAAGCGCAAAGGCAAGGCUCAGUAUGUGCUGGCCAAGCGCGCUCGGCGCUGCGACGCUGGCGGGCCCCGUCAGCUAGAGCCCGGGCUACAGGGCAUCCUCAUCACCUGCAACAUGAACGAGCGCAAGUGCGUGGAAGAGGCCUACAGCCUGCUCAACGAAUACGGCGACGACAUGUAUGGGCCAGAAAAGUUUACAGACAAGGAUCAGCAGCCCUCUGGAAGUGAGGGAGAGGAUGAUGAUGUGGAGGCUGCCUUGAAGAAAGAAGUUGGUGACAUUAAGGCAUCUACAGAGUUGAGGCUAAGAAGAUUCCAGUCAGUGGAAAGUGGAGCAAAUAACGUCGUCUUCAUCAGGACACUUGGGAUAGAACCUGAGAAAUUGGUGCAUCAUAUUCUCCAGGAUAUGUACAAAACCAAGAAGAAGAAGACUCGAGUUAUUCUACGAAUGUUACCCAUCUCAGGCACAUGCAAGGCUUUUUUAGAAGAUAUGAAAAAAUAUGCACAAACAUUUUUGGAACCCUGGUUUAAAACUCCUAACAAAGGGACAUUUCAGAUUGUGUACAAAUCUCGAAAUAACAGUCAUGUGAAUAGAGAAGAAGUUAUCAGAGAAUUGGCAGGAAUAGUGUGCACCCUCAAUUCAGAAAAUAAAGUGGAUCUCACCAAUCCACAGUACACGGUGGUAGUAGAAAUCAUCAAAGCUGUCUGUUGCCUGAGUGUUGUGAAAGAUUACAUGUUGUUUAGAAAAUACAAUCUCCAGGAGGUGGUGAAGAGCCCUAAGGAUCCAUCACAGCUUAACUCAAAGCAGGGAAAUGGGAAAGAAGCUAAAUUGGAAUCUGCUGACAAAUCAGACCAAAACAACACAGCAGAAGGAAAAAAUAACCAGCAGGUACCGGAGAAUACUGAAGAGCUGGGGCAGACAAAACCAACGUCUAAUCCGCAGGUGGUAAAUGAGGGAGGAGCCAAACCUGAACUUGCAAGUCAAGCCACAGAAGGAUCCAAGUCAAAUGAAAAUGACCUCUCAUAGGAAUUCAUUCAGUGUUGGAGGAGCCUGCCAAAACAAAGGCCAAUAUAUAAUGUUGUGACAUCAUAUCUGAUAACCAGAGGUCUGUUAUCUACACUUCUGGUGCCCCAUCAGUGGUUGUCUCCAUAAGUCAUUUUGCAUUAUUAAAAAAGAAAUCCUGAUGUUGACAUUAUAGCACACUGCUUUCUUCACAGAGAUGCUGAUAUCAAAAACUUGAAGAUACAGUGACGUUCUGAAUAAUGUUACAAAACUGGUUACCUGUGUCAAAGACCCAUUUAUGCAAAAAUGUUAAAAAAAAAAAAAAAAAAAACCCAAAAGAAAAACCUGGACAAACAGCACAUAAACCUCCCCGCACCAUACAGACAUCCAUUGGCUUAUCAGAGGAAGAGUUCUCUACAGGAUAUUUGAAUUGAAAGGUGAAUUACCAGAGUACUUACAAGAAAACAGCCAGCUUUUGCUGAGUGCUUUGGAAAUGAAAAAUGGCUACAGAAACUAGCCUGUUUUGCAGACGGUUUUCAUCACAUGAACACAUGGACAAGUCUCUGAAAGGUUCAGGAGAAAAUUUUUUUUCUUAAAGUGACAAGAGUCUUAGAUCUAAAAGGAAACUGACUUGCCACCUUGCCAGAAGAAUCCUUGAAAUGUUUCUGCAGCCACUUGGACUUGAAAAUGAAGGGUACAACUCUCAAAUCUUCUCUAACCCAACUGGAGGAACCACAAGACCCAAUGAAAUAGCAUUUUCUCUCCUUUUCCCAGCACUAGUAUAUAACUGUAUGAGGAACCCUUGUCUAUGAAUCUGCUCAGCUUGAAAUUUUGUCUCUGAAGGAAGAGAAUGAACUCAGCCCUAGUCUGACAGUCCUGAAUUUCUGUGAAAUAAGAGUAUUCUUCAAGUUAAUGCUCACAUUCACAUACCAUGAGGGUUCUCUGCAGGGGUUUCCUGAAUCUGAAAGUUUUUUCAAGGCCUAUUUUUGGGUAAAACAGUUGAAAAGGCAGACACCAACAAAGUCUGCAAAGUAAACUGUCCAGAUUAAGAAUAUUAAGAAGCUGUAAAGUUAGCUUGUAGAAAUGGGCAUAUCCUUAAGUUUUAAAGUUAGGAAUUGCUAAAAAUGUUAGGGUUCCUGCACAAGUGGCUAUGUUUAUUUAAUGGCUAGUGAACAUGGGAAUAUAUUUUUAUCCUAGCUAGUGGUUCUAUUUGGCAAACUAGACUAGAGUGAUUUGAGAGGGGUAAAGAGAAUAGGCAGGACCUUCCUUCUGUAGCUUUACAUAUUUCAAAUGUUAAUUCUUAAUGACAUUGAAGUUACUUUGAAAUGAUUGAUAAGAGGAUUAUUAGUAUCAUUUAGGGGAAUAGGGAGGAUAGGAUUUUGGUGCCUUCUUCAGCAGACUUGCUCCAAGACAAAGAUUCUAUUUUGAUAGUGCAAGACAAAAGGACUUGGAAAAAAACUGGCCAUAUGCCUACAGAACAUACAACUCUGUGGAACUAAAUUGUUUUUACUUUGUGAAAGCUGCUACUUUACGGAAAGACUUUGAUUUUAUAGUUUUGUUUUUAAUUGCCUUUUAUAUUUAUUUGUAUUUGGUAAGACUCAGUUGUUAUACAAACUAUUCUUUCCCAGUUACAAAAUCCUGUGUUCGGUUGUAACCUGAACUCAUUAAAAUAGUUGUUUUCAGGUUUAUCAACUGUUUAUUUUCACUGACAUUUGAGCAUGUUAUUUUAUAAAUGACGAGAUUCCAGAGUAGGAAGUAAGUGCUUUUUAUUCCCCUUUUGUUUUUUCUUUUAAAAAAUUACGUCAGUUAAAAAAAAAAAUAAAACUACAGUCUUGUCGUUUAGAAAAUGUUUAGUUCCAUAGAGAAAAGAAUGUUAAAGUUUGUAUUUUAAAACAUGAUUCUCUAAGGUUAAACAUGGUUUUCAAAUGUUAUUUUUACUUGUAUUUUGCUUUUGGUACAGCCAAAUAUCAAGCUUGUUUUUCAUAGUUCUGAUAUUUUCAGAAAAAUCAAAAUAAAUUUGUUCCCUAAAA